AUGUUCACGGACCUGUACGAUGGAAUUGUGACCAUUGCUGCUGCAGACAGCGACGCUACCAUCAACGUCCACAAAGGCCUACUAUUCUCGCAGUCUGCCAAGCUUAUCGACCGUUCGACUCAUAGCAAAAGCGAGUCCGUACAGUGUUCUAGACCUAUCGCCAAUCCGAUCAUUAGCAAAGGCUUCUCCGUGAGAGUGAAUGGCGACUCUCAGCGAAUACUGAACAUUUUCCGCACUUGGCUUUACACGGGACGACUACGCCAUAUCGAGACCACGGUGGCCGAGAGUCAUCCAGCCUCCUUACGUGUGCAGAAGACCGAAUCGUUGGUGGAUUGGGAUGACACCGAUCUCGCGAAUCUGUAUGCCUUUGCUGGCCAUCUCAAGAUACGCCAUCUCCAAAACGAUAUAACCACCGCCCUUAUCGCGCAAUGCGAGCGACUGAACCAUUUUGUGACGAAGGAAGCUGUCAAGAUCAUUUUCGCGGAUUCCGAGAGAUCUCUAUUGGCCGCCUAUGCCAUUGAGGAGCGGGUUCGUGGUGGUAUAACCCAAGAAUCGAUGCCUGACGACCUCGAGGAUUGGCCGGCGCCUUUCUUGGCCGGCGUGAUGCGUACCACGCUUCGCCACCAGCCGCGAAAAGAUGCUGGACAGAUGAUGUCGCCGUAUACCACCAAAGACGCUUGCCCGUUCCAUGACCAUCGACCUGCGCCGCAGGAGAGAGAGUCUUGCAGAGAGAAGCUGCGUGCCCUGCCGGUAUAUCUACACUAG